AUAUAUACGUUGCAUAAACUCACUUGGUUCUCUUAUAUUUCUCAAGCUAAAUAAUCACUUUAAGAAAAAGUAAAAGGAUGUUAGAAGGGAAAGCAGUGAUGGGUGAGACAGAUAUGAAGCAAACAAUGAAGGAAGAUGCUCUUAGUUUGGCUGCCAAAGCCCUUGAUUGCUUUGAUGUCACCGAACCCACUCAAAUCGCCCGUUUCAUCAAGAAGGAAUUUGAUAAAAAAUACGGAUUGGGGUGGCAGUGUAUUGCGGGGACGCAUUUCGGAUCGUUCUUGACUCAUUGUAGUGGCUGCUUCAUCCAUUUCUCCGUUGGCAACCUUACCAUUUUACUCUUUAAGGGAUCAGCUGGUGAAGUAGCGUCCGGACCAACAGUCUAACCAGUUCAGACAUAUUGUGAUAAUAAUCAAGUCUAUAUUUGGAUCCAUUUAGUGUUAAAUCAAAAUGCAUUCUAGCAUUUUCAGUCAUUUUCAAUCGUUUUUCCGGUUUCUACUUAACAUUUUUCUGUUUGCUUUUGGAGUCAGAGAGAAAAAGAAUAAAAAAUGUUGAAACUAGUCUUUGCAUUGUGGUUUUGAUUUUGUAAGAGCAUCAUUAUCCCAAAACCCUUUAAAGGGUUUCUUAAUUAAUUUUUAAUAGUUUUUAAAGUGUAAAAAUGAGUUGAGAGACUUAGAAAGAGAUUUGAACA